AUGGGGCAACUUUAUUUAACAAAUGGUACAAGUUAUUACCCUGGUAGAAGAAAUGAAAGAAGAGAAAGCUGUGAAAUAGAACCGAUCAUUGGAGGCACAACGGGAGGCUUUAUAUUUAUAAUUAUUCUGAUUCUUGGUGUUAUCACACUUCACAAAGUCAGGAAAGGAUGGAUAAAUAAAAGCAAUGGUGAUACUACUAGCAGACCACAUGCCGGCACAUACGUUGAUCAAACUUUAUCCAGUGAAGACCACCAUUAUCAAGGAUUUUCUACCAAUAUCAACAAAGAAACGGUGAACAAAGAGGCUUACGAAAAGAUUGAAGAACGCGACGAGGAAGUUAAAAGAUCUGAAUAUAUGGAGUUAACACCGCCAUGUUUACAAGAAGAACAAGACACAUUCAAAGCAAAGGAUACGGGUGGGAUGUACUCUAACAUUAAGUAGCAUGACUGAAGGAAAUUCAAACUUUUUAAAUAAUCUGAACAGUUUAUCGACAUAAAGAAUACAUGAACUACGGCAUACUUAUAAGGAAUGGUAAAUUACCUCAUCCAUAUACAAACCUCGUCAUCUUGAACUCGAAAAGGCCAAGAAAAAAAAUCGAGAUAUUAGAGGAUUCGAGAUAUCGAGGGUAAAAUUCUUAAAGAAUUAACUGUUGGGAUUUCCAAAUCACUUCGACAUAGCCAUGGUAUUCGAGAUAUUGGUGUUCGAGAUACCGAAGUUCAACUGUAUAUAUAUAUAUUUUUUAAAAAUUAUAAUAAGUUCCCCAUUCGAGCUCGGUAUUCAUUUUUCAACAAAAAAUCCUUGGAUGUUAACGUACAUUUGUA